AUGGCUAAAGCUUCAACAUCCGCCGCGCCAUCCACACAAGGAGUCAAGCGAUCCUUCAACUCGAUGACAGCCGCUAAUUCCAAUCCUCCAGCGACCCUGCGAGAUGCCCGCAAGAAUCCAGAUCCUAGCAGGUCUUUGGAUACGAUCCAGCCCGCCCGUAACUUCGCAAAAAAAUAUGUGGAUUUCGAUUUCAGUAAGAUGACUGAUACGAAGGGCGGGUUCCUGACAAAAGAGGACGAUCCAUUCAACAAGGCCUUAAAUGUUUCUGAUGGGAAAGAUGAUAAAAAACCGGCGCACAUGACACAGAAAGAAUGGGAGCGACAUCAAUUAGACCAAUUUCUCAGGCGGAACCGUCAGGGCCCUUACGAGCCAGGAUUGAGUGUCUUGGACGACAAAAACAACCAGAAAAAAUGUCGCGAAUGUGGUAGUGUGGACAUUGAUUGGAAAUGGGAAGCAGAGCUCAAGUGUUGUAUUUGCAAUUCCUGCAAGGAAAAGUUUCCGGAUAAGUACAACCUACUAACUAAAACUGAGGCGAAGGAAGAUUACUUGUUAACAGAUCGUGGUAUGAUGCUAUUCCUCCGCUACCAAGUCGAGGAAUACGCAUUCUCAGAAAGAAAAUGGGGUUCAGCCGAGGCGCUAGACGCUGAGUUUGAGCAACGCGAAAAUGAUAAAAAGAAGCGACGAGAAGACAAGUUCCAGGGAAAACUCAAGGACCUGAAGAAGCGUACCCGUACAGAGGCGUAUCGACGUAGACUAGAGGGCGCCUCUGGGAAUUUCGGAGAUGAUCUGAGUCGUAACCGAAAACAUGUGCACAAAUGGGGCCGAGCAGUGGACAAUGAAGAGACUGGUAUGCCGGUCAAGACAUGCGUCGACUGUGGUAUGGAAGUGGAAGAAUUGGAGUUCUGA